AUGGAGGCUGCGGGGCGGGAUCCUUUGCAGCGGCGGAGCCCAAGAUGGCGGCAUGCGGUUCCGCUGUGUGAAACCAGCGCGGGGCGGCGGGUUCCUCAGCUCCGCGGAGACGACCUCCGGCGACCCGCAGCCAUGAAGGGGAAAGAGCGCUCUCCGGUCAAGUCCAAACGCUCCCGUGGCGGUGAGGAUUCGACUUCUCGCGGGGAGCGGAGCAAGAAGUUGGGGGGCUCCGGCGGCAGCAAUGGGAGCAGCAGCGCUAAGACCGACGGCGGCGGGUCGCGGCGCAGCCUCCAUCUCGACAAGUCCGGCAGCCGAGGCGGCAGCCGCGAGUACGACACGGGCGGGGGCAGCUCCAGCAGCCGCUUGCACAGCUACAGCUCCCCGAGCGCUAAAAAUUCCUCGGGCGGGGGCGAGUCGCGCAGCAGCUCCCGCGGCGGAGGCGGGGAGUCACGCUCCUCGGGGGCCGCCUCCUCGGCCGCGGACGGCGGGGAGUACAAGACCCUGAAGAUCAGCGAGCUGGGCUCCCAGCUGAGCGACGAGGCGGUGGAGGACGGCCUGUUCCACGAGUUCAAACGCUUCGGCGACGUGAGUGUCAAAAUCAGCCACCUCUCGGGUUCCGGCGGCGGGGACGAGCGCGUAGCCUUUGUGAACUUCCGGCGGUCGGAGGACGCGCGGGCGGCCAAGCAUGCCAGAGGCCGCCUGGUGCUCUACGACCGGCCCCUCAAGAUCGAGGCCGUGUACGCGAGCCGGCGCCGCAGCCGCUCCCCGCUGGACAAAGACUCCUACCCCCCGUCGUCCAGCGUGGUCGGGGCCUCUGUCGGCGGCCACCGGCACGCUCCCGGAGGAGGCGGGGGCCAGCGAUCCCUUUCCCCCGGCGGGGCGGCCCUGGGGUACAGAGACUACCGACUGCAGCAGCUGGCGCUCGGCCGCCUGCCCCCUCCCCCGCCGCCGCCCUUGCCCCGGGACCUGGAGAGGGAGCGGGACUACCCGUUCUACGAGAGAGUGCGCCCCGCGUACAGCCUUGAGCCCCGGGUGGGAGCCGGCGCAGGUGCUGCUCCUUUCCGGGAAGUGGACGAGAUCUCACCGGAGGACGAUCAGCGAGCUAACAGGACGCUUUUCUUGGGCAACCUAGACAUCACGGUGACCGAGAGCGAUCUGAGAAGGGCUUUCGAUCGCUUUGGAGUCAUCACGGAGGUGGACAUCAAGAGGCCCUCGCGGGGCCAGACCAGUACCUAUGGUUUUCUCAAGUUUGAGAACCUGGACAUGUCUCACCGAGCCAAACUAGCAAUGUCUGGCAAGAUUAUCAUUCAGAAUCCUAUCAAAAUAGGUUAUGGGAAAGCUACACCCACCACCCGCCUCUGGGUAGGUGGCCUGGGACCUUGGGUGCCCCUUGCCGCCCUGGCACGAGAAUUUGACCGAUUCGGCACCAUCCGCACCAUAGACUACCGCAAAGGUGAUAGUUGGGCCUACAUCCAGUAUGAGAGCCUGGAUGCCGCUCAUGCUGCCUGGACCCACAUGCGGGGAUUCCCACUUGGUGGUCCAGAUCGUCGCCUUAGAGUAGACUUUGCAGACACAGAACAUCGGUACCACCAGCAGUAUCUGCAGCCUCUGCCCUUAACUCAUUAUGACCUGGUGACAGAUGCUUUUGGACAUCGGGCACCGGACCCUUUGAGGGGUGCGAGGGAUAGGACACCGCCCUUACUAUACAGAGAUCGUGAUCGGGACCUUUAUGCUGACUCUGAUUGGGUGCCGCCCCCACCCCCGGUCCGGGAACGCAGCACUCGGACUGCCCCUACUUCUGUGUCUGCUUAUGAGCCACUGGAUAGCCUGGAUCGCAGGCGGGAUGGCUGGUCCUUGGACCGGGACAGAGGUGACCGAGAUCUGCCCAGCAGCAGGGACCAGCCUAGGAAGCGAAGGCUGCCCGAGGACAGUGGGGGACGGCAUCUGGAUAGGUCCCCUGAGAGUGACCGGCCUCGGAAACGUCACUGCGUUCCCUCCUCUCCCGAUCGCAGUCCAGACUUGAGCAGUAGCCGGGAUCGCUACAACAGUGACAACGAUCGAUCUUCUCGUCUUCUUCUCUUGGAAAGGCCCUCUCCAAUCAAAGACAGACGCGGUAGUUUGGAGAAAAGCCAGGGUGACAAGCGAGACCGCAAAAACUCUGCGUCGGUUGAACGUGAUAGGAAGCAUCGGACAGCUGCUCCCACGGAGGGGAAAAGCCCUCUGAAAAAAGACGACCGGCCUGAUGGGAGCGCAGCCAGCACCAGCGCUGUUUCUUCCAAGCUGAAGUCCCCUUCCCAGAAGCAGGAUGGGGGGACAGCCCCUGCGGCGGCAGCCUCUCCCAAGCUCUGCUUGGCCUGGCAGGGCAUGCUUCUGCUGAAGAACAGCAACUUUCCUUCCAACAUGCAUCUGUUGCAGGGCGACCUCCAAGUGGCUAGCAGUCUUCUCGUGGAGGGCUCCAGCGGAGGCAAAGUUGCCCAGCUCAAGAUCACUCAGCGUCUUCGUUUGGACCAGCCCAAGUUGGAUGAAGUAACUCGGCGCAUCAAAGUGGCAGGGCCCAAUGGUUAUGCCAUUCUCCUGGCUGUGCCUGGAAGUUCUGACGGCAGAUCCUCUUCCUCCGCCACGACAGAUACUGCCACCUCUACCCAGAGGCCACUUAGGAACCUGGUGUCCUAUUUAAAGCAAAAGCAGGCUGCUGGGGUGAUCAGCCUCCCCGUGGGAGGCAACAAAGACAAGGAAAACACCGGGGUCCUUCAUGCCUUUCCACCCUGUGAGUUCUCCCAGCAGUUCCUGGAUUCUCCUGCCAAGGCACUGGCCAAAUCUGAAGAAGAUUACCUGGUCAUGAUCAUUGUCCGUGCAAAGCUGGUGAACAGUGGAUGA